UCGCCACUUCUCCGAUUGGCGAUCUCCGAUCAGCCACCGCGCCUUGAUUCGGUCCUCCGCCGCCGUUGCCGAGCGCUUCGAGAGGCGAUUCGCUACUAUGGCUACUAAGAAUUCUUAUGAGAGCAUCUUGACGACGCUGUCGAAGCCUGGAGGGGGAGAGUUCGGGAAGUAUUUCAGCUUGCCGGCGCUGAAUGAUCCGAGGAUCGAUCGGUUGCCGUACUCUAUUAGGAUUCUGUUGGAAUCGGCGAUCAGGAACUGCGAUGGAUUCCAGGUGAUGGAGAAGGACGUGGAGAAGAUCUUGGAUUGGGAGAAUACUGCACCGAAACAAGUCGAGAUCCCAUUUAAGCCUGCAAGAGUCCUGUUGCAGGAUUUCACAGGUGUUCCAGCUGUUGUUGAUCUAGCCUGCAUGAGAGAUGCAAUGAACAAACUUGGUGGUGAUUCAAAUAAAAUCAAUCCGUUGGUACCUGUGGAUCUUGUUAUCGAUCACUCAGUUCAGGUGGAUGUGGCGGGAUCAGCAAAUGCUGUUCAGGCAAAUAUGGAACUUGAGUUUCAACGCAACAAGGAAAGAUUUGGGUUCUUAAAAUGGGGAUCCAAUGCAUUUAAUAACAUGCUUGUUGUUCCACCAGGAUCUGGUAUUGUCCACCAGGUGAACUUGGAAUAUCUUGGCCGUGUCGUUUUUAAUAAUGGGGGAAUGCUUUACCCUGACAGUGUAGUGGGAACCGAUUCCCACACAACUAUGAUAGAUGGUUUAGGUGUUGCUGGCUGGGGAGUUGGUGGAAUUGAAGCAGAAGCUGUAAUGCUUGGCCAGCCAAUGAGUAUGGUGCUGCCAGGAGUUGUUGGAUUCAAGUUAUCAGGAAAACUGAAGAACGGCGUCACUGCUACUGACUUGGUUUUGACAGUAACUCAGAUGCUCAGGAAACAUGGUGUGGUUGGGAAAUUUGUUGAAUUUUAUGGGGAAGGUAUGAGUGAACUAUCCCUGGCAGAUCGUGCCACUAUUGCAAAUAUGUCGCCUGAGUAUGGAGCAACCAUGGGAUUCUUCCCUGUUGAUCAUGUCACCCUGCAAUACUUGAAGCUCACUGGCAGAAGCGAUGAAACUGUGGCUAUGAUAGAGUCCUACUUAAGAGCGAAUAAGAUGUUCGUGGACUACAGCCAGCCACAAACAGAAAAGGUGUACUCAUCUUAUUUACAGCUGGGCCUAGAAGAUGUGGAACCUUGUAUUUCUGGACCUAAAAGGCCUCAUGACCGAGUUCCCUUGAAGGAAAUGAAAGCAGAUUGGCAUUCUUGUUUGGACAACAAAGUUGGUUUCAAGGGGUUCGCUGUCCCAAAGGAAUCUCAAAACAAAGUUGCUGAUUUUACCUUCCAUGGGAAGCAAGCUCAGAUGAAGCAUGGUGAUGUUGUCAUAGCAGCAAUCACCAGUUGCACUAAUACGUCUAAUCCAAGUGUAAUGCUUGGAGCUGCUUUGGUUGCAAAGAAGGCUUGUGAUCUUGGCCUUGAGGUGAAGCCAUGGAUCAAGACAAGUCUUGCUCCCGGUUCUGGAGUUGUUAAGAAGUACUUGGAUAAGAGUGGUCUGCAGACCUAUUUAGAUCAGUUAGGUUUUCAUAUUGUUGGUUAUGGAUGCACAACCUGCAUUGGCAAUUCUGGAGACCUUGACGAAUCAGUAUCAGCUGCCAUCACUGAAAAUGACAUUGUUGCUGCUGCUGUAUUGUCCGGAAAUAGGAAUUUUGAAGGGCGUGUACAUCCUUUGACAAGAGCAAAUUAUCUUGCUUCUCCUCCUCUUGUGGUAGCUUAUGCACUUGCUGGCACGGUUAACAUCGAUUUUGAGAAAGAACCUAUAGGGACUUCUAAAGAUGGAAAGAAGAUUUACUUCAGGGAUAUCUGGCCAACCAAUGAAGAGAUAGCUGAUGUUGUGCAAUCUAGUGUGCUUCCAGACAUGUUCAGGAGCACAUAUGAAUCGAUUACCAAAGGAAAUCCCAUGUGGAAUGAGCUAUCAGUACCAUCAGCAAUGCUGUACUCGUGGGAUCCUAAUUCAACUUACAUACAUGAGCCCCCAUAUUUCAAGAACAUGACAAUGUCACCACCAUUUUCUGAUAUUGAAUUGCAACUGGAAAUGCCCCCAUAUUGUAUCACUACCGACCAUAUUUCACCUGCUGGCAGUAUUCACAAAGACAGUCCUGCUGCCAAAUUCUUGAUGGAACGUGGUGUUGAUAGGAAGGACUUCAACUCCUAUGGGAGUCGUCGUGGUAAUGACGAGAUAAUGGCAAGGGGCACAUUUGCCAACAUUCGUAUCGUGAACAAGCUAUUGAAGGGUGAAGUUGGUCCUAAAACUAUUCAUAUUCCUUCUGGAGAAAAACUUUCGGUUUUUGAUGCUGCCAUGAAAUACAAAAAUGGAGGACAUGAUACUAUCAUCUUAGCUGGUGCAGAAUAUGGAAGUGGAAGUUCUCGUGAUUGGGCUGCUAAGGGGCCAAUGCUGCAGGGUGUAAAAGCAGUGAUCGCCAAGAGCUUCGAAAGGAUCCACCGCAGCAAUCUUGUAGGAAUGGGUAUUAUUCCCCUAUGCUUCAAGGCUGGUGAAGAUGCAGAGACCCUGGGCUUGACUGGCCACGAGCGAUACACUAUCAACCUCCCGAACAGUGUGAGUGACAUCAAACCUGGCCAAGAUGUCACUGUUGUUACUGAUAAUGGCAAGUCAUUUACAUGCACGGUCCGCUUUGACACUGAGGUGGAGCUAGCCUACUACAACCAUGGAGGAAUCCUUCCAUUCGUCAUUAGAAAUCUGAUAAGUGACGAGCAUUAGUUCUAUUUUGAUUUUAGGUUAAAGGAUGCAAGUUCACUUGAGUCUUGUAUUAUGAGGUCGUGUUCAAGCCACAAAUUUUCAUGCGUCAUAAGCAGUCUAAAUGAUCUUGGUUUUUUCUGUUACAUACCCGAGAAAUAAGCUGGUUCGGAGACGGAAGAUAACAAGCAGACAUCUUGAUAUAUGCAGUGAAUGUAAUACAAAACACUGCCUUGGAUUUGUAUUCAUACGUGUUCCUUAACAUUUAUCCAAUCUUCUAAAAGCAAUGGAUAUUGCGCAAACAUGAUCCUCAAUGAUCGGUUCUUCAACUGGAGCAUGCUCACGCUAAAAGAGAGCUCCUCAUGGAGUAUAAUAAAUGCCAAUGCUUACUUUUGCCGUUUGUAUUUUGUAGUUUGCUAGACUUAUUGUUCUUCUUUUCUCUAAUUGAGACCAGCUUUUUUUUUUUUCCAUUUUCUAAUGGUAUUAUACUUCCAAGGCACGAAGGAUUGUAGUUCUGGUAUCUGCUCAA